GGAAGCGGCUGCGGAACGCGGGGUUUCGCGGGCGCUGCGGCUGCAGAAUGGUCGGCGGCGGGAAGCGCAGGUCCGGCGCGGAGGGACAGCAGUGUGAAAAGACAGCUGAUGUGAAGAAGAGUAAAUCCUGUGAAGCUGAUGUCUCCAGUGAGCUUCGAAAAGAAGUAGAAAAUCAUUAUAAGCUCUCUUUCCCUGAAGACUUCUAUCACUUCUGGAAGUUCUGUGAAGAGCUUGAUCCUGAAAAGCCCGCUGUUGAUUAUGAUCGAAGAUUAUUUUUGAUGAAAAAACUUAAAGAAGUAACAGAUAAAAAGAAAGUUAAUCUCUUGAAACACAUAGAUGAAAAACUCACAGAAGCAGCCAGAGAACUGGGGUACUCACUGGAACAGAAAACCGUGAAGAUGAAACAGAGAGAUAAGAAAGUCGUGACAAAGACCUUUCAUGGUGCAGGCUUGGUUGUUCCAGUAGAUAAAAAUGAUGUUGGGUACAGAGAGCUCCCUGAAACAGAUGCUGCUCUCAAGAGAAUUUGCAAGAUAAUAGUUGAGGCUGCAAGUGAUGAGGAGAGACUGAAAGCUUUUGCCCCCAUUCAGGAGAUGAUGACCUUCGUGCAGUUUGCCAACGACGAGUGUGACUACGGCAUGGGCCUCGAGCUGGGCAUGGACCUCUUCUGCUACGGCUCCCAUUAUUUUCAUAAAGUUGCUGGCCAGCUUUUACCUCUCGCAUAUACUCUUUUGAAGAGGAAUCUGUAUGCAGAAAUCAUUGAAGAUCACCUGGCAAACAGAAGUAAAGAGAACAUAGACCAACUUGCAGCAUGAGUGGGAGGGGGCUUUGUUCGAGACAACAGGUUGGAAGACAGUCCAGGAGAUGGCAGUGAGAGAUCAGAAACGGUUGACGCACACGAUGGGUCGCUGAGCGAUAGCCACAACCUGCUUUUACACCCCUGUUCCCGCUGUAAACUUUGUUCGUAUCUCCAUAUUUGUAAGUCUCAAUUAGUCUAUAAAUAUCACAUUAAAAAGGUAAAUUUAA